CAAAAAUGAUGAUCAUUGAAUAAAUUGUGAUUUCCGCUGUUUCAAAUUUGGCUUGCAGUUAAUUAUGGGCACUUAAUUGUUGUUUUGCAGUUCGGUAUUUUUAAUUUUGUCCUUUUCAUCUGCUUCAAUAUGUUUUCUGGGUUUGAUUGUUUAGUGGUUUCAUUGCGUAAUUUGAAAUGGGUGAUUUUUGGGUGUCUUCUUGUGCAAGGUUUCCUGAAUUAUGAACCUUUGAGAUUGCAAUUUGUGGGUAUUAAGGGAAUUAGGGAUUUUGAGGGAUUGAGUUUAUUUGGGAUUCCUAUGAACUUGUUAAUUUGUUUUGUAGUCUAUACAUAGAAGUAUAGAACUUUAGGUUGGGGAGGUUUCUUCUUAGUGCUUGGGAUUGUGUGCAUGGUACGCCCAAGUGUAUAAUCGACUUUGUCUCAAUUCGUCACAGUAAACCAUGAUGAGUAGACACCUGGUUUGUUUAUAGUUGUUUGUAGAUAGAAAUUAGUUCCGUGUUCGAAUUGAUGCACGUAGAAGUACAAAAAGGGUUAUGCAGUUGGAGGUAAUUGCUGAUGCGCUCUUGCCCAUGGGGUGGCACUUUGUCGAUCCCUUUUCCUCUAAAAUUAUGGUGCUGCAUCAAAAUGUUAUUACUGUUCCUGUUAUAUGGAGGGGAAAGAAGUUUGAGGUAAAAAUUAAUCCAGAGGCCUCUCUCAAGGAGUUGGGGGAGGAACUGCAGACCUUGACUGAUGUUAAAGCUGAUACAAUUAGAUUGAUUAUUUCUCUGCCUUCCACCAAAAGCUCGAAAUUGUUGAUGCCUUUCUCUGACGAGCAUUGCAGUCUAAGCCUACGAGAUACUGGAAUCGUAGAGGGGAAGCCGUUAAGAAUGAUGGGAGUCUCCAAAGAUGAGAUUGAUAAUGUUCUUAAAGAUGCUGAAGCAAACCUAAGAAUUGCUGGAUUUGAGGAAGAGGAAAAGAGGAUGAAACAACGGAUGUCCAGGGGAUCCCAUUCCUCAUUGAAACUCCCGCAAGGACCUUACAUCUUCUGCAAUUUUCGUACACUUGAACUGCCUGGAGUUGUGUUAAAUCCUCCUCCCUCGGAGGCUAUGAAGAGAAUGCAUAUGCUUGCAGCUGACCCAGGAAUUGUUGCCAUCAUGAACAAGUAUCGUUGGCGAGUGGGGAUCAUGACAGAGAUGGCGCCUGUUGGUUAUGUUGGUGUUAGCCCGAGAUGUGUUCUUGGUUUAAACAAGAAUCAAGGGGAGGAAAUAUCUCUUCGUCUACGCACUGAUGAUCUAAAGGGUUUCAGGAAAUAUCAAAGUAUCAAGAAAACUUUGUUGCACGAACUUGCUCACACGGUCUACUCUGAACAUGAUGCAAACUUUUAUGCUCUUGAUAAACAGCUGAAUCAAGAAGCUUUCACUUUAGACUGGACAAAAUCAAGGAGUCAUACCUUGGCUGAUUCUCGAUUUUCUGGGCAUGAUGAUAUGGAUGUGGACUUUGAUUUGGAUAGCAAUUUGCCUCACAAGCUUGGAGGAGAAGCUUCUCUUAUGUCUGCUGGUGCUCGUGUGGCUUCUGUGGCUGCAGCCUUUCAUCGUUUGACAGAUUCUUCUUCCAUUUAUCAUGGAUCUGCAAAUGGGCAGCAAAAUUCUAAUGAUUAUACAGGUGAUGCUCCUGGGAUCCCAAGCCCAGUUGAUACCUUGAAUAAGGAAGAGUUGUUUAUUUGGAAUCAACAUAAUGAUUAUUCUCAUCAAGAUGAGCUGGAACCUGAUCCUGAUAAUUCUGAGGCAAGAGGAACUGUGAAUUCAGAGCCUUAUACUGAAAUGUUGGUAGGGAUACCUAUGGUGAAGUCCAACCCUGAUGAUACUAGACUGGAAGCAGUUGUCUCCCAAUCUACUGCAAGGAGAAGCUUUGAUAAUGCAAAUCCACGUGAUGAGCCUGAUCCUGAUGAUUCAGAAGUUACUGAAAAAGGAGUGGCUGCUUCUACUGUUUCCCUCACGUCAAUGCAGAUAGAUAACAAUGAAAAUAGGAUACUGGGGAGUAAUGAUGAACCUGAUCCAGAUGAUUCUGAAGGACAACAUGAUUUAGGGAAUGUCAUAACACCUAAUCAAUCACAACUAAUCCAGGUUCAUAUGGAACCAGAUCCAGAUGAUUGUCUAAAAAACAUUACAGGGCAAACCCAACCUGAAUCUGAUGAUAAGGUUGACCAUCUGUUGCAACCUUUAGAAGUCACGGCUGAUGAGCCAGAUCCAGAUGAUGAAUUAAGGAGGAUCCAAGACCCUGCAGCUGUAUUUUUCAAUCGACUUAACAAAGCCAUUGAGUUGCUGCGUACUGAACUGAACCCCUUGGAGGCUGUGGCAGUCCUACAGACUCUGUUUAAAAUAAUCAGAAAUGUAUCUGAAAAUCCUAAUGAAAUGAAGUACAAAAAACUUCGCAAGGCCAAUCCUGUUUUCCAAAGGAACGUCGCAUAUCAUGAAGCUGCCAUGGAAGUUCUCAAAGUGGUUGGUUUCAGUGAAGAAGUUGUCACUGAUGAAAUGGGGAAGGCUGAAAGUUACCUGGUGUUGAAAAGGAAUGAUCCAGGUUUGCUGUGGCUUGCAAAAUCAUCUCUUGAGACUAGCAUUGCUAAGUAAUUGUUGAGCGACGUGCCUACAUGUACACUUGUAACAAGUUCCAAAACUGUCAAGUGUUUGUGCAAAUAUCCUGCUUGCAUGUUCUUGUACAUUUGAUCUAUUAACAAGUUAAGCUAUAUGUACCUGUAAUUUGUUCACUAUUGAUUUCACAUAUAGUUGCUUGCCCCCUAUCAGAGUUUCUUCUGAGUCUUAUUGUAACCGAUGCAACACUGAGUAUGUAAGAUGCCUAGUCUUUGAAUAAAAGAUGUUUAUUUGGUUGGUGACUUA